AUGAAUUUAUUGAAUAUUGUUAAACAUAUUCUUCACUUGACUGAAAAUGAAUAUGAUUCAGAAAAUUCUCCAACAACAACGGAUGAAAUUUUUGCUGCAGAACGGUUAUUCGAAGUUUUAAAAUCUAUAAAUGUCAGCUACUUCACUGAACUGUAUGCGUAUGACACUCUCGAUUUCGACGAUGAAUAUGAUGAAAUGACUGACGAAGAAUCGAGUAAUGAUGACAUUAAUGACUACAAUGAAAACGAACAUUCUGAUAUAAAUGAUCAUUUUACAUUAGAAGAAAUGCAACGUAUAGUCGAAUGGGUUGACGAACAUCCGAAUGCUAGACUUGCAACCAUUUCACAUAGAAUUAAAAAGGUCAAAUACAUGUAUUAUAUUACAAGCGAUCACUAUUCAUUUCAACAAGAAUAUAUUCCACCAAGAACUCUUUCUUUUACUGGUGAAAGAACAACUGAAGUAGUUGUUAAAAAGAAAUAUAAUAUCACACAUUCUUAUACAAUUCAACCGGUAACAUCAGCUAACGGUCUUUUAUUGGACAAGUUUUUACUUAUACUUCAAGAAAAAGAAAACACACUAGGUAAAAGAGUACAAAAAAAUUUAAUAAUACCACCAAAUGUUGUAGUAAGAGCUUCAAAAUCAGGAAAAAGCAAUGACGAAAAUCAUCAUGUCUUUUUAAAUGAAGUUCUACGUCCAUUUGUUGAUAAAAAAUUUCUUCUUUUCCUUGAUGCUUGGAAAACUCAAGCUGAUCUAACAAAAUUUAGAGCAGUAUUUCCUCAUCAAGACAGUCAAUUAUUGAUUUUUCAUAAAGGAUCGACCGGUUAUAUUCAACCACAGGACCUUUCCUUAUUUCAAUCAUGGCGAUUUAUUCAUGAAAAAAUCGAACAUUAUACUCAUAUUAACCGAACAGAAACAACUAUAAGUGAUCGUCAAUAUUUUAUCAACAUACAUUCUGUUAUUCAUAAUCAAUUAUCAGUUCCACCAUUUAAAAAUCUCAUUAAGAGUGGAUUCAUACAAGCUCAAAUAACAAAUGAAACAAUUGGACAGAUUGAAAAACCAAAAGACCUUUGUUUCAAGUAUUAUGACCUGUAUUGUUCAAUUAACAAUUGUAGUGAACGAACACUAUUAAUGUGCGCUUGGUGCAAAAAAGCUCUAUGUUACUAUCAUCUGAUUGAAGAUCUACAUCUGCACUUGUAGUACAUUUUCUGAAAUAUUAUAUUGUAUAAUAUAUUGUUAUCAAUUAAAAAAAAACGAAGCUAUCUAUGAGUUAAAAAUUCUGAUAGCGGCUCACUGAUCUUUAUCUAUAUUAAUAUUACUUAAACUUCAGACGAUACUAAAAUUAAUGUGAUCUUAAUGCAAUUGAUAAAUUUCAGAAACAUUCUU